AUAUCCGUACGAACGCUAGACAAAAUGGCGAACAAAUUACCAUGGGGCCUGAAAGGGAGCCGUUUAGCCCCUGGUUCUGCAAAGACCAUCUCCGAGAGCAAGUUGAAAGCUUUCGAGGUGGGGACUAUGAACCUUGGAAAACAAUCCCUGUCAAAAAAGGAAAUAGAUGAAAUGAGGAAAAAGCAAGAUGCAGAAGCCACAGCACAGGUAUAUGAGGAGUUUGUUGCUUCCUUUGAUGAAGCACAUAAACAUGCAGGCACGAAGAUGUGGGUCAAGGGAGAAACUGUCAAUGCUGACAGACCUUUUAGUGGCAACCCAAGAACUCAAAGAAACAACUCUGGAGACUCCAGACCUGACAAAAACCGUCUGUAUAAGCCCACAUCCAAGCUAGCCGAGCUAGCUGCAACAUUCCAGUCUGUGAAGUUGACAAGGAAAGAAGAUGAUAAACCGAAUUCUAACAAAAAGAAAAGAGGAGAUGAGAAGAAGAAAAGCAAUCUGGAACUCUUCAAGGAGGAAUUGAAACAGAUUCAAGAAGAAAGACAAGAGCGACACAAACUAAAGAAAGUGUUGAGAGAUUCAGGUGUUGAUCUGCCAGAAAUCGACACCAAACUUUACCCCUUUCUUGAUCCCAUGGACAUAGGACCUGCUUCACUACGUGGGCCAGGAGACCGAGCAGGGGGAAUUGGAUCAUUUGACCCGGGAGAUGAGAACACAACCAACAUCUAUGUGGGCAACAUAUGUCCAAAGAUGACAGAGCAACAGCGUUGUGAAACAUUUGGGAAGUAUGGUCCUCUAGCAAGCAUCAAAAUCAUGUGGCCUCGCACAGAAGAGGAGCGUUCCCGGGGACGAAACUGUGGAUUUGUUGCCUUCAUGAACAGGAAGGAUGGAGAGCGAGCGAUGAACUCGCUACGAGGAAGAGAAGUGAUGGGCUUCGAAAUGAAGCUAGGGUGGGGUAAGGCGGUGCCCAUUCCGCCCCACCCCAUUUAUAUCCCCCCAGCUCUGGUUGAGAUGACCCAGCCACCCCCACCCUCAGGACUUCCCUUUAACGCACAACCACUGAAGAAGGCAAGACUUGAGAAGUUGUAUGGAAAUAUUCCUCCACCAAAAGAUGGCGAAGAUGAACAGUCUAAGGAGGAGAAAGAAAAGAUCCAGUGAGGAUGAGACGAACAUAAAACCUCUCGCCACAACCGAGUUCUGACAAGACCAAAUCUACAAAGUCUGCUGCAACCACGUCAUCACCCAUGAGCUGGAACUCAAGCCCGGGUGAUGGGAAGUCGUGGGUUUGGUAUGCUAAGGACUUCUCAGAAGAGGAGGGCAAGGUGGAACAACUGGCUGUCAGGUUUAAGAACAAGGAGAUAACUGACAAGUUCAAAAAGAGUUUGAUGCUGUCAAGGCUGAUGGAGAAAAGUUUGUUUCUGUGGAUGCUACAGGAGACGUGUAGAUUGACGGUUAGCCUACCAUAAUCAGUUAUUGUCGCAUAGGUAAUAACCUAAGUUUUAGCUGGACAAACCCGUCGACGGAUAGACAAUUAGGCCGUUUUAAUCUAUGAACCUUGUAGCCAUGGCAAUGCGAAAAACACUGUUCGUUAUGAGCUAGGGACAAGGGGACAAGGGUGUUACAGCCUUGUCAGUUAUGAGGAUGCAUUCUCGUGACGGACUACUCGAAUUGAUACAUGACCCGCUCAGUCUGUUCAGUCUCAGUUCCUGCAAUCUGUGCUUGAAAACGGGUUCUUGAGCUCAAAACGGCCAUUGUUGAUUAUUCCCACUCUUUUCUCCCAAGAGUUUUUUGACAAUUUGUCUGCAAAGACGUCAGAGAAUGUUGGAUCGAGCCCCUA